AUGGCAGACGAAAACACCGCCCCCUCCGUUGACGAGACGCCCCUCUCCCCCAUCGAGCGUCAAGAAUCUCUCGAAAAACACCUGCAGAUGCGUCCAGACGCUCAAGAUCUGAAGAACAGGAACAUUCUGCGUGACACACACGCCGCACCUGCGAUACAAUCCGCCCAGUUAGAACUUGAGCGCCAACAAGCCACCGACAGCUUGCGGAAGGGAUUGGAGAAGCGUCCGGAGAAGGAGGAGCUGAUUGGACGAAACAUCCUCCCCGACUCCACGGCCGCGCCGGCCAUACAGGGCCAGCAGAAAGAAUUGCAGAAACACAUGCGAGCGGACAGUUUGGAGCAGAAGCUACAGCAGCGACCUAAGCCGGAGGAGCUGAUGAAGGAGGGGAUAUUGGAUGAAGAUCCCACCUCCCCCACGAAGGAGUGA